AUGGUUUUUAGGAGGUGGUCAGAAGGGAUUGAAAAAAAUUAUGGAGAUUUUGCUACAGCACCAUUGUGGGUGCAACUAUGGAACUUGCCUGUGCAUUGGCUAACUAAAGAGAUGGGUAGGAAGAUUGGAGCAGUGUUUAAGGAAGUGAAAGAGGUUAUUAUCCCUCAAUCUGGGGGAAAGGAGGGUAGACAUCUCAAAAUUCUGGUCCUUGUAGACCUAUCAGUACCUCUACUUAGAGGCACAGUGGUUCAAACAGCAGGAACUUUUAAGUGGGUAGUGUUCAAAUAUAAGAGAUGUCCAGACUUUUGUUAUAAUUGUGGUGUUGUAGGCCAUAGUGAAAGAUCUUGUAAAGAGCAAAGAGUUACGAUGGCAAAGCUCUCAGAAAACCAAAAUGGUCCUUGGAUAAGAGCAGGAAGCACCAGAAGUCCUAGUAAGGAAAGACUUUUGAGAACUGAACUGAAUAAGGACAAAAGGUAUUGGAAAUUUUAG